AUGGCUACUGCUCAAACUCUUGCAGUCGUAGAUAUCCCUUGUCUUCAUCACUUGCCCGACGCUGAGGACUUCGCAGACUCGCGGAAUGUCUCCAAUAGUCUUCCCCAGCCUGACGAACAGCCGGAGAUAUCUGGCUCUCCGGUAUUCCGAGAUGAAUAUCUUCUAUAA